AUGUGUUUCGAAUUCGAAUCAGGUCGCCCACCGUGGAAGGGCUUCCAUGAACAUCUCCAAAGCGUCUUCAAGUUGUUCGAGAGCCUGCUCCAGGACUUCGAGAGCCUCGAAGUCCGUGUUACGACUGUUAGGUCUCUGAGUCUGAUUGCCCAAUACCUGGACGCGGACGACAAGACUGAACUCCCACUGAUGCAAGUCAUUGGCCAGACCGUUGAAGCAGGGGAUGAGGCCGGGCUUGUCAGCUGUUUGAAUCUUGAGACUCUGCUUAUCCUUAAAAUUACUAUUCUCGCGAACAAACAGUCGAAAGUUCAAAGCCACAACCUCGCCCCUGCCAUUCUUGAGGGUCUCAUGCCCAUCGCUUCAGAAGAGGAGCCAGAGGCCAUCGAUGAUGACGCGCGGUCUCGGUCUGCGCUCAGUCUGCGCUCCGUAUCAUCGAUGGACCUGCGACAUCGCUUCCACCGCCCAAGUCUUCCCUGCGCUCUGAAUGCUCAUUCAGAAAGCUUUCUCUUCUGCGAUCCCACGCAUCGUCGUGCUGCUAUGCUCGCGUUGAAUGUUUCCGUGGAGGGCUGUAGCGAGUAUAUGGCUCCUCUCAUGUCCGAAGUUUGGCCAGUCAUCGAGGCUGUGUUUGGUGAUAGCAAUGCAAGAGUUCGCAGGGCUACAUGUGUCGCCGUUAGUUGCCUCUGUGAAUGGUUAGAGGAUGAGUGCGUUGCUGAGCAUACCGUUUUGGUUCCCGCCAUCACGAACCUCAUCAAUGACCCCGAGGCUCAACCAUCUGCGUGCACGGCCUUGGAUGCGCUGUUGGAGAUCCUUCACGAUUCCGUCAUUACUGGUGCCAUCGGCAGCGCCGUUCACGCGUCCAAAGAGCGGUUCCUCCUUUACUUUGAACCGAUCAUGUCCCGGCCUCAGCACUUCCUUGUGAUUACUGGUGAGGGCGAAGAGGUUGAGUUGCGCGGCAUUACGAUGGAUGCGACCAGCACCUUCGCCGAGGCCAUUUGCAAGGAUGUGUUCCGGCCAUUCUUCCCUGAAAUGAUGAAGCAGGCGUUCCAAGGGCGCUGA